AUUUCAUCACCAGACAAUCACAAGACAUGAUUUAUUUAACUGUUUUUAGUCUCAUUUUAUUUCCCUGCUUGUGCUGAUUUAACAGUUUCACUUCCUUUGUUACUUAUUUAUAACGAAGCCCCUCACAAUAAAGAUUGUGUCUUUGUCAUUAUCGGUCCCUGGAACCAGCUUCUAUGCCUCACAGCUCGACUGCUCAACUCGAUCAGAUAUUCUUAGACAAUUUAUUCUAACAGCUGGGGGCUCAUGCGUGAAAGGGGGGGACUCUCCUUGUGAACCAGGAAAAAGCCGAGAGAGCGUGAAGGCAAAGUGUGCCGAAGAUCAGAGGAGGACCUACAAUAAAAGGCGGGGCUGACAGGAGCCAGUUUCUUCAGUGUGUUUGAGGGAGCAGAGGAGAAACUUGUGCUGACAGUCAAACAGAUGGUGAGACGAGCAGAAGAUGAUGGAGGGAUGUCUGACACUCGUUUUACUCUUCAUUAUAAUCACUCUAACCACAUCUGAUUUGGAGACUGUUAGGUUGGUUGGUGGUAACAGUCGCUGUGCUGGUAGAGUGGAGGUUCAUCAUGAUGGUCAGUGGGGAACAGUGUGUGGUGAUGACUGGGAUAUGACUGAUGCUGAAGUGGUGUGUAGAGAGCUGGGAUGUGGAGAGGUUGUAGAGGCUCUGGGUGGUGCUCGUUUUGGACAAGUAUCAGGACCGAUCUGGAUGGAUGAUGUGGACUGUAGUGGAUCAGAGACUACACUGAAGAACUGUAGAUCAAGAGGAUGGGGUGUUCAUAACUGUGGUCAUCAAGAAGAUGCUGGAGUCAGAUGCUCAGAAACUAUAAACUACGGAAGGUCAAGGCUUGUGGACGGGUCUCACCUGUGCUCCGGAAGAGUGGAGAUUCUUCUUGUAGGUGGAUGGGGUUCAGUGUGUGAUGCUGUCUUUGACCAGAAGGAUGCAGAGGUUGUGUGUAGAGAGCUGGACUGUGGGGCUCCUGUACAGGUGCUGGGAGCAGCUGCUUUUGGCAAAGGAGACGCUCAGAUGUGGACACAAGAGAUUCAGUGCAGAGGAGAUGAAUCACACAUUCGACGCUGUCCAUCAUCAAACUUGAUUAAAACAAACUGCACCCAUGAAAAUGAUGUCGGACUGAUAUGUUCUGGUUACACUGAUCUCAGACUGGUCAAUGGUCCUGACAUCUGUUCUGGAAGAGUGGAGCUUCAGUUCCUCAGUAAAUGGGGCACAGUGUGUGAUGCAUGCUGGGAUAUGAGAGCUGCCAGUGUCCUCUGUAGACAGCUGAAUUGUGGGAUUGCUGUGUCUGUUGUGGGAUCAGACUGG